GGGAGGAGACACCUUUGUUUCACAGCCUGGGUUUGUAAACAAGAGGAAGUCUAGACUCCCAGCUGGAGCUCUUCGCGGGGGGCUGCGGGUCUGUCGGCGGGGCGACUCCCCUCCCCAAAAGCCGCAUCGAGGCACCAUCCGACGCGGGGGCGCUUCGCCGUUGCUCUUCGGACAGGGCUUUCAUCUGCCCCCCCAGCAUCUCCUCCAGGAGCUGUCUAGUUCUCCACAACUCUCCUGCAGCUUUUCUCCUGGUGUGACUCCCACCACAAUGGUGAGGCUGUCCAAACCCAAAACUUUUCAGGCCUAUCUGGACAACUGUCACCGUCGCUACAGUUGUGUGCAUUGCCGGGCCCACCUGGCUAAUCACGACGACCUCAUCUCCAAGUCUUUUCAAGGAAGCCAAGGACGGGCAUAUCUAUUCAACUCUGUAGUGAAUGUGGGAUGUGGCCCAGCAGAGGAACGUGUUCUGCUGACAGGCCUACAUGCUGUAGCUGAUAUAUACUGUGAAAACUGCAAGACCACCCUUGGAUGGAAAUAUGUGAGUCUCCUGCCUUGUGCCCUCUUCCUCUCCUUCCCUAAAACUGUAAAACUUCCACCUGUAUUGUUGCUUUCUCUUCUUCUUCUACAGGAACAGGCCUUUGAAACUAGCCAGAAAUACAAGGAGGGCAAAUUCAUAAUUGAACUGAACCACAUGAUUAAGGAUAAUGGCUGGGAUUGAAAGCCAACCAGCAUCUUUGGACAACUGUAUGUAGGGGGUGGAGCCUAAGAAAUGUCAAAUUUCCACCAAACUUGCCUCUACCUUCUCAACCAUUGGAUUGCCAUCCCAGGCCCCUCAGGGGCACCUGAGUGGUGAAGGAGGAGGCGGUCCUCCUGCCAGAGACAUAUACCCACGGCUCAGUCAUGUUAACUUCCUGUGGCAAAAGGUGGAAGCUCCGGGACACCGUUAGGCCAGAGACUGUGUGCAAGCAGGGACUGGGGUGGGGUGGGAGGACUACGGCUGGCUCUGUUGUCCAGAGAGAGCCUGUAUUAAGAGAAAUACAGAGGAGAAAUGUACAGUGCGAGGGGGAAGGGAAAUGUUAAGCGUGUACAGUACUUGUGUAUGUGUGUGUGUAUAUGUAUUAUAUAAAUAAAAGUAUUGAAGUGAU